CGUCUGUGCUGCUGGGCUGCGUGUGCUGCUGGGCCCUGUGUGCCGCGUGUGCUGCAGUGCCGCCUGUGCUGCUGGGCCCUGUGUGCUGCUGGGCCGUGUGUGCUGCUGGGCUGUUCCACUCUCCUUUGCUGCUGGCAGUCCACUAACCGUGACUAA